AUGCCCGCGCGCCGCCCCGCGCCCGACGCCAUGGACACGGAGGACGCGCCGCUCACGGCCGCGGAGAAGUUCCAGGCGCUGCUGCGGCCCAUCAAGGACGUCGCGCUCGCGUUCGACGUCGACGUCGACGAGGCGCUCGAGGAGUACGUCGAGGAGUGCGUGCGCUACGUCGUCGCCGAGUCCGGCGACGAGGCCAUCAACUUCGCCGAGGCGGGUUUGCUCGUGCAGGGCAGCGCCGUCGUCUACGGCCGCAAGGUCGACGGGUUGCACGGCGUCGUCUACAAGGUCCUCGAGAAUCUCCGGACGGGCAAGGCCCAGGCGGACGCCGCGGGCCGGGACGCCGCGGCGACGAAGGUCGCCGAGGCCUCGGGCGAGGACGAGUUCGGCCGCCGCUACGACGCGGGCCCGCUCGCGCGCGUCGUCGACGUGACGCCGGGGAAGACCGUCGACCUCGACGUCGAGAAGGAAGACUCGAAGCGCAAGAAGGCGCGGACGGCGCCGGCGGACCCCAUGGUCGCCCUGCUCUUCCGCGACGUCGAGGAGGACGCGCCCUUCUUCGGCGCGGCCUUCGGCGCGGACGGCGGCCUGCGCCUGCCGGGGCUCGCGCGCGAGGGCGGCGUCGCGGCCGAUUUCGCCCCCGCGGCCGACGGCGGCGAGGCGCCGCCGGCCUACGACGACGACUACGAGGCGCCGCCGGCCUACGACGACGACGGCUUCGACGACGGCGGCAUGGACGUCGAGGAGGCCGCCGUCGCGCGCCAGCGCGAGGCGCCCGCGCCGCGGCCGCGCCGCGCGAGCUCGACCGCGCCCGAGGAGGCGGAGGACGCGCCGGACCCCUACGAGGAGAUGGACGUCUUCGCGAGCGACGACGUCGCCAAGCCCCUGCGCCGCGGCAAGACGUGGCGCGCGCCGAAACCGCCGACGGCCGACGAGGGCCCGCCGUCGGACGCGGCGGUCGCCGCGCUCUGCGCGGCCGUGGACGCGGCGACGUCGGCCCGCGACCGGGGCCGCCGCGUCGCGGCCCUCGAGGCCGCCCAGGGCGCCCGGGCCGCCGCGCGCGCGGCCGCGCUCGACGUCGCCAAGGCGGCCUACCCGCAGUUCGGCGCCGCGCUCGCUAAGGCCCGGCGGCUCCGGCGCCUCGAGGAGCGCCGCGGCGGCGGCGACGACGACGACGACUACGACUGCGACGACGCCUGGGCCGCCGGCGGCGUCGCGCGGCUCUUCGCGGACCCGGAGGAGCUCGCGGCGCCCGAGGCGCCCGACGCGCCGCGCGACUUCACCGACGACUUCGACGACGGCGGCGGCGAGUGCUUCGCCUGGGACGACGACGGCUACGACGACCGCCUCGGCGCCGCGGGCGGCCGGCGGUCCGAGGCCUACGACGCCGCGUGCAAGGCGCACCUCGACGAGCUCGGCGCGAACGUCGCGUCCUACGAGGAUCUCGCGCGCCUCGCGGACCGCGUCGCGGCCUGGCAGGCCAAGCUCGAGCCCGUGCUCCGCGCCCAGGAGACGGAGCGCGAGCCCUUCGACAUGCUCGCCAUCGGCCGCGACAUCGUCGCGCGCCUCGCGGCGCGGAAGCCCGGCGACAAGGCCAAGGUCGGCUUCGGCAGCCUCGCGGGGGGCAUCCCGCGCUACCGCGUCUGCCGCCACUUCCUCGCGACGCUCCAGCUCGCCAACAACGGCAACCUCGACCUCGAGCACGCGCACGGCGCCGACGCGCUCGCGCCCGCGGACGCGUUCAAGCUCGCGCUCCUCACGACGGACGUGACCUACUACAACGGGGACCACGCCGCGGGCCCCUGGAGCGUCGGCGUGCUCGACUACGGCCACCCGAAGAUCCGCGUCGGCGCCGUGCGCGUCUGGGUCGCGGGCCCCUGGGCGCCGGACGCGGACCUCGUCUUCGAGGGCGUGGGGUCCCGGAAGAACUACACCAUCGGCGGGGCGGCGGCGCGCGCGGCCGAGGGCGACGUCCUCGGGAACCCGGCCUUCGAUCUCCUCGGACUGAAGCCGUCCGAGGUCGUCGCCUGGCGCGCCGUCGUCCGCCGCGGCGACGGGUCCCGGGCCGCGACGCCCUUUUACACGGAGACGGGCCCGCUGCCCGGCUACUUCCCGGCCGUCGCCGCCUCCGGCGAGGCGAGCGGCUACGUGCUCACGUCCGCGUUCCCCGCGGUGCAAAACGGCGCGGCGGACAAGUGGAGCGGCGCCGUCGUCCUCGAUAGGGACGGCGACGUCGUCUGGGCCCUCGACUGCGGGUCCCUCUUCGACUACACGCCCUAUUACGGGUUGAUGAACCUGCGCUGCGGCGUCACGGGCGCGCAGACGGCCCUCGGCGACUUCUCGUUCGAAGACCGCUCGCGGGACUCGCUGCUCGUGCUCUGGGGCGUCGAGGGCGACAUGACGAAGAUCACGACGGGCUUCACGGGCAUCGCCGAGAUCAACGCCCGGGGCUCCAUCCGCCGGCUCUACGUCGCGACGCGCGACGCGCCGGACUGGGCGCGCGGCCAGCUGCCCUGGUCGAACGUCCCGGGCGAGGUCGUCUACGUCGACACCGCGGGCUUCAACCACCAGGUGACGCCCCUCGACGCCUCCACGCUCGUCUCCCUGGGCUUCGAGACGAAGCGCAACGUCACCUGCCCGGGCUGGCCCGGGGCCGUGGACCAAGUCCACGGCAACGAGCUCGUCGUCUUCGACAGAGACACGGGCGCGGUCGCGCGGCGCUUCAGCACCUGGGACGCCUUCGAUGUGUGCGCGACGGCGACGUACGCCACGCUGGCGCGGAACCCGGACUGGACCCACCUCAACGCCUUCGACGCGACGCUCGUCGGGUCCGCGCUCGACGCGCUGGUCGUCUCGUCGUUCUACCUCGGGUGGAUCUUCGCGUGGGACUAUUCGUCGGGCGACGUGCGCUGGCUCCUGGGCGCGUGCCACGCCGACAUGCCGGCGGCCUGCGCCGACCACCGCAACUCCUUCCCUCUUUUUGUCGUCGACGAGGGGGCGGCGGGGGCCGUGCCGCAACGGUACGACGCGGGCCAGCACAACGUCCGCGUCGUCGCGCCGGAACGCCCGUCGUCCUGGGCCGACGUGGCUUUGGUCGCCUUCGCCAACGGCGGCCGCCGGGACCGGGGGUUGGACGUGCCGAGCCGCCUCGUGGUCUGGGCGCUGCCGGGCGACCCGCCGGCGACGGCCCGGGCGACGUUCGCGUACGGCGACGGCUCGUACAGCCCCUUCCUCGGCGGCGCGCAGCCGUUGCUGGGGCCCGGCGGCGUCGCGGGCUACCUCGCGGACUUUGGGGCCGUCACGGACCCGCCGGCGCCCUUCGACGGCCGGGCCAACUGGGCCCGGGACAACUGCAACUCCGCGCGCGUCGUCGAAAUCGACGCGCGCGGCAACGCGACCUUUUCCGCGACCUUCGGCGGCCGCGACGCCGCGGGCUCCUGCGGCGCCGCCAACGCGCGCUCCUGGAACUCGUACCGCGCCCUCCGCGUCCCCAAGCCCCCGGGCUUCACGGAAGCUUCAGCCUCCCGGAACGCGCUCAGCAUCGAGCACUGCUUCCCGCGCGCGCGCCGCAUGGUAACGCUCGAGCCACGCGCCAAGUUCCCUCCGCCGGCGCACAACACGCACCCGGAGCUCUACGUCGUCGGCUUCCUCUGCAUCGCGACGAUCAGCGAGGCGGUCGUGCUCAAGCUCCUGUCGCACGCCGCGGAGGAGUCCGGCGCGGCGCGCCCGCGCAUCAACCAGGGCGCGAUCAAGGCGACGGUGGAGCUCCUCCGCCUCUUCGUCGUCCAGGCGCGCGCGCGCGCCGAGGGCGAGGCCGCCGCGGAGGGCGACGACGUCAUCCGGCCCGAGCACGAUCCUGUAUUCCGGAUGACCGCGGGGCUCCUCGUCUUCGCCGACGGCGGCGCGCUGCAGAUCGCGAUGGCGCUCCUCGUCGCGAUGCUGAGCCACCGCGUCUACGCCGCCUACGAGCCCUACGUCGACGACGACGACGACGCGCUCUCGGAGGUCGCGCAGACGCAGCUCGUCCUCGUCUUCUUCGGGAGCCUGCUCCUCUUCGUCGGCGAGCACACGGACGGCGAGCGGGGCUACGCGACGGACGCGUUCGGCGCCGUGCUGGCCCUCGUCAUGUCCGCGGGGCUGCUCGUGGCCGUCUACUACGUGCUCGUCGACGCGCUCGGCCGCGACCGCGUGGAACGGGAGGAGCGCCUGCUCCUGGAGAAGGCGGAGGGCCUGAUCCACCACCUCGCGCCGACGUCGCCGAAGCGCACCGUCGCCUUCGCCGCGGACGAGAAGAAGGAGAUCGAGCUCGCGGACGUCUACGGGGGCUCCUCCUCCUCCGACGACGACGCGAGCUCCUUCGCCGCGGCCCCCUCCUACGAGGCCGCGACGACGCCGCGCGCUACCGCCGAGGAGAAGCGCCCGGAGGAGGCGAAGCGCGAGGCGACGUCACCGUCGGCGACGCCGAAGGAGACGCCGAAGGAGAACACGCCGCGGCGGGGCCGCUCCUUCCGCGCGCGAAAGCCAUCGCCGCGCACCGAGCCAAGAAAGCCGCCGCGGCGCCGGCCCCCGCGGCGCCGCGGCCGCCCAAGGGCAUGA